AUCCUCUUUUUGGAGGGGUUUUGUAAGCCGCUUAGUCUUCAUGGAUUAAAGCGGCCUAACCCCCUGGAAAAUAAAAAUAAAUAGUGGGAAAGCAGUGAGAGAAAUCAAUGCAUGCACGCACCCUUAUGAGAAAAGGGGGAGGCGUCGCUGAAGAUGGGAGUUGAAGUGAAAGGAGAAAACAGAAGGGACCUCUAAAAGAAAGGUUUUGCACAGGGAUGGAAGAUGUCAAGCCAAAAACUUAGUGCCAUAUCCAGGACCAAAUAAAAUGAGAGACUGCUUUUGUACAAUCAAUUUGGAUCAAGAAGAGGUAUUUCGUACUCAGGUAGUAGAGAAGUCUUUAAGUCCAUUUUUUGGAGAAGAGUUUUACUUUGAAAUACCAAGGAUAUUCCAGUAUUUAUCAUUCUAUAUUUAUGACAAAAAUGUUCUACAGAGGGACCUGCGUAUAGGUAAAAUAGCUAUCAAAAAAGAAGAUUUGAGCAUAUAUUCUGGCAAAGAAACGUGGUUUAUACUUCAGCCAGUUGAUUCUAACUCAGAAGUUCAGGGAAAAGUACAUCUCGAAUUAAAACUAAAUGAACUGAUUACAGAUAAUGGAUCUGUGUGCCAGCAGCUAGUAGUACACUUGAAGGAAUGUCAUGGGCUGCCUCUUAUCAAUGGGCAAAAUUGUGACCCUUAUGCCACAGUAUCUGUUGUUGGUCCUUCAAGGAAUGAUCAAAAAAAGACAAAGGUAAAGAAGAAAACAAGCAAUCCACAAUUUAAUGAAACAUUUUAUUUUGAGGUAACUAGGUCCAGUAGUUACACCAAGAAGUCACAGUUUCAGGUAGAAGAAGAAGACAUUGAGAAGCUGGAAGUCAGGAUUGACUUAUGGAACAAUGGCAACUUGGUACAAGACCUUUUCCUAGGAGAAAUUAAGAUUCCUGUCAAAGCAUUAGGAAGUGAUACUUUCCAAGCAUGGUACCUCCUACAACCAAAAGAUAAUGGAAAUAAAUCUGCUAAAAGUGAAGAUCAUGGAUCCCUUAGGCUGAAUAUAUAUUACGAUGAAGACUAUGUACUUCCAUCAGAGUACUAUGAAUCUCUUAGAGACUUGCUGCUGAAAUCAUCAGAAGUGGAGCCAAUUUCUGCGUCAGCUGCUUACAUCUUGGCUGAAGUGUGUCGAGAUAAAUAUGAUAGUAUUUUGCCACUUAUAAGAUUGUUACUCCAUCAUCAUGCACUAGUACAGUUUGUUACUGCAGUGGCAGAAUUAGAACUGAAGGAAACCCAAGAAGUAAAUACAAUCUUCAGAGGAAACUCUUUAGCUACUCGAUGUGUAGAUGAGAUGAUGAAAAUAGUGGGAAAGCACUACUUGAAAGUUACUUUAAAACCAGUUCUAGAUGAGAUAUGUGAGAAUCCUAAACCUUGUGAAAUUGAUCCCCUGAAACUGAAAGAAGCAGAUAAUGUAGAAAUGCACAAGGAAAAUCUGCGCUACUAUGUUGACAAAGUUUUCAGUACAAUUGUACAAUCAAGUAUUAGUUGCCCAACAUUAAUGUGUGAUGUGUUGUGUUCUCUGAGGCGCUUGGCUGCUGAAAGAUUUCCUAAUGACCCUCAUGUACAGUAUUCUGCAGUGAGCAGCUUUGUGUUCCUUCGUUUCUUUGCUGUAGCUGUAGUAUCGCCUCAUACUUUCCAUUUACGACCUCAUCAUCCAGAUGCACAGACAUCUAGAACAUUAACUCUUAUAUCAAAAGCAAUUCAGACACUGGGAAGCUGGGGAAGUUUGUCCAAAAGUAAACUGUCAAGCUUUAAGGAGACAUUUAUGUGUGAAUUUUUCAAAAUGUUUCAAGAAGAAGAAUGCAUUGAAAUAGUUAAAAAGUUUUUAGAUGAAGUGUCCUCCACUGAAAGUAAAGAGCCAAGUAUCAUGAGUGAACCAGUGCAUCUAAAAGAAGGAGAGAUGUUCAAAAGAGCACAAGGAAGAACUCGUAUUGGAAAAAAGAAUUUUAAGAAACGUUGGUUCUGCCUUACAAGUAGAGAACUCACUUACCAUAAGCAACAAGAUAAAGAAGCUAUAUUUACCAUUCCAGUCAAAAACAUCCUUGCAGUAGAAAAACUUGAUGAGAGUGCAUUUAACAAGAAAAAUAUGUUUCAAGUGAUACAUGUUGAGAAACCACUCUAUGUGCAGGCAAAUAAUUGUGUGGAGGCUAGUGAGUGGAUAGAAGCUCUCUGUAGAGUGAGUAGAUGCAACCAAAAGAGAUUGAGUGUCUACCACCCAUCUGCUUUUUUGAAUGGAAAUUGGCUUUGCUGUAAAGCCACAUUAGAGAACACAGUGGGCUGUAUGCCAUGUACUGCAGGUGUACCUGCUGACAUUCAGAUAGAAAUAGAUGGAGAUCGAGAGACAGAGAGAAUCUACUCACUCUUUGCUAUCAGUAUGCCAAAGCUCCAGAAAAUGCAAGAGGCUUGUGGAAGCAUAGCAGUCUACCAAGGUCCACAGAAAGAGCCAAAUGAUUAUUCUAAUUUCAAAAUUGAGGACUCAGUAGCAACUUUUCAAACUCUUCAGCAAAUAAUAUCAAUUGUAGAACAAUUGAACAUACAUCAUGAUAGAUAUCGGCAAAAAAGAUCAUCUAGCGCUAAAUAUGGCAGUGAAGAAAACCCAAUUGUUGGAAAAAUUUCCUAACCAAAGACACUGCAAUAGAGAUGGACUUUGAAGGAAAGGGAGUAAUUUUCACUCUUUAAAAAGAAAUUGGUUAUGUGAUUAUUCAAUGAAUUUAAGAAUAUAGCUGCGAAUUAGCUGCAUUCAUGGGCUAUUUAAUAUUUAACAGUGGAAAGAAGAGCGUGGAAUCAGAAUUCUGCAGGGAUAAGGGAAAGCAUGUACAUAUUGUUGAAAGAAAUUAAAGUUCAGAAGAUGCAAGUAAACAAGGUAUCUAAAGUUGGAAAGAUCUUCUAAAGAAAUAAGCUUUCUAAGGAAGAAAACAACUACGACCUUCAGUUGGGAUUUAAUCUGCCAGGAUAAUCAUCAGUUUCUAUGACCAUCAUUACUAUUUUCUGGACAGUACUCUUGGCAAAGAAAUUCUGACAGGAUUUGAAGCUUUACAUUCAGUGCACAGCCACUUUUAUAACUUCCUUUCUUAAUCUACAGUAGAAAUGUUGCUUUUUUAAAGAAAGAAAGAAAAUGAUGGUACUUUUUCAAAAUGUGCAUUGACAAUUAGCAAUGUUAGGUUAUUUAAGUGAUAUCACUGAAACAGGACAAGUCAGGGAAUUUAUAUGUCUUGUUUACAAUUGGAGUGAAUAGUGAAAGGUAUGAUAUGGAACCAUUGUGUUUUUCUUUUUGAAAUUAUACAUUAUUAGUAUUUUUAGUGAUUAGGGUUGGGGGGAAGGGAAUAUAAGAAUUUAAUGCUGUUCAAAUAAUACUAUAGCUGAAUACCAAGUGGCAUAUCUUUAUCAAUACUUUUUAAAAAAUGCCUAAAGGUAGACAGUAUAUGGUGAACAUUGCCAUAUCUAGUUGUAACUAGCUGUUUAUGAAAAUCACUCCAAGCACUUUACAUAUCUGGUUAGCCCCAGAUUAUAAUUCUAGAUACUUUAUAGUAUCUAAUCAUUAUGAUCAGUUGAAUGAUCACUACUGUGGCUUAAAACAAUACUUUUAUGAAAUUUUAUAUCUAUGGUAUUUUUUACUUGCCAAGUAAAGUUUUGAACUAAGCUUUACCCUUAAAAACUCUUAAUCUUGCCUUGUAUUUGUACUCAUAGGCUGAUAAAAAGAUUGGUAUGUAAUAAAUAUGAACAAACUAACACUUGGGAGAAGAAAAGGCUAAGUUUUUAAAAUCAGUAUUAUACAAAGUCACCAGGAGUCAAGCUUAAUCAAAAGAGACUUUAUCUUUUCAUUACUGAAUGUGGUACUACAGAAGACUCAACUUGGGAGCAAUUUGCUAAGCACUAUAAAAAUCAGUGUAUUUCCACUGAAGUCACAUUCAAGAUAUCUGUCCAUUGGUCUCCUUACCUUUUAAUACUGUUAUUUGCCACCAUUAACUAAGACUGUUUUCACUGUUUGAUAGAAAUAUGGAAUAAUGAUAUUUAAAAGAUAAAACUGUCUUAAAUAUUACAUGAGUUCUAAUAGUAUUAUGCUAGCAAAAUAAAUUCAAAGAUCUUGCCAUUAAAUUAAAUAGUCUGAUCCUGAAUCUGGAUUAACCUGCAAAUAAACGCACCUAAUAGGACUUCUUUUUCUUUCCUGAUAAGUAGUAUCCAUGCCUUAUCACUAAAUGUUUUUUGAUACUUUUGUUAAAUAAUUUGCUAUGAGGCAUAGAUAUGGAGCCUCAUUAAAAAGCAAGUUCACUGGGUAUAUGAAUCUGUCAAUGCAGAUCAUGGAUUUUGAGUAAAAUGUAAAGGAAACUAUAAUGAUUUAGUGACAGAAUGAAUGGCACAGACUGUAUAAUAACACAAGAGAUACAAAUCUAGAAAAAACAUUACAACUAGACUAUAGCUGGUAAAUAUAAAGCAAAAUGCAAGAGUGAUGCAGAAAAGACUCAUAACGGAAAAUCGUGUCCAUGUCACCUGGUUUUGAGCUUGGGUGUCUACUUUUUUUGCAAAAUACCAGAAAAAUUACACUUUCAUUCAUACACAUAUACACUCAUAUAGAUAUAUACACAUGCUUUAACACAUGUGGGAAUCUCCUUCUAAGCUAUUAUUAGUAUAAGAAAAAAUGAAAAAUAUUAAUUAUAUGCAUAAUUUAAGUAUGGAGAUAAAUAAUCCUUUCAGUUUAAAAAAGAAACUGGAUCCUAGAGGAAGUGUUACAAGUUCAUAGAUAACUGUAAGUCUCAUCAUCCAUGGACAAAAAAAAAGAGAUCCACCCAUAGAAAUUUUCCACAGGUGGCAAUGAAGCUUCCAUCACCAGGCUUCCCUUUCACUCCUUUCCCUAGACUGCCAAAUAGGAGACAGUCAUGAGUCAACCGAAAAUCUGGUAGAUUGUAGGCCCCCUGUUUAUGAGUAUGUGCCCAAACAGAGCCAGAAAACUACCAGCCCAAGAGCUAUUUUACACCUGUUUACAGCAUUUGACAGUAAGAAAAACAUUAUUUCCAUCCCUGAUUAUACCAAAUCAAUAGGAUAUAGUAAAUGUGAGUUCCUCUGCCCUGAAUAACUGUACUCCUACACCAACUUAAGAUUGCUCUAUCCAAAUAUUUAUGCUAUAGAAAUGAAAGCCUUAUUUUGUCCUGAAAAAUCUUGCAUUUGAAUAAUGAAUGAAAAUAAUAUACAAGCAUUGGGACUGCAUUUUGUCUCCUUUUAGCAGGAUUUUUUGAUUACAUACAUCUGUGUAAUUGUAAUACAAGAAUAUAUAUAUAGAAGCCCAGCCAGCCAGCUGCAAAGUAUCUUUUCCACCUCAAAUAACUAACGUGCUGUUGAGUAUUUAGUGUCCAAUGUGGGGGAGGAGGCGAAGUUGACUUCCCCCUAAGUAUUUAUCUAAAAAAGUGUUUGUGCAUUUAUGUUGGGGUUUCCUCAGUCCUGUAAACACAUGUGGAAGAUGACAGUUUGACAAUCUAAGGACUUCGAUAACUAUUGACCAUUGGUAUAUAUGAUUGACUUGGAUUAUCAUCUGAGGCUUUCAAACAAUCCGUAGUUACAAUUUUGAGAUAUUUGCUUAUAUACUGAAUUAUAGCAUUACUUUGUUCCAUCAUCACUGUGUCAUUCAUUCUGUUGUAAUAUUGGUUGAAGUAGGUACUUUAGUAACCACAUAAAUGUAAGGUGCUACUCAAUUCAUACUGUUACUGGUAUUCAUUCCACUUACCCUUUUGAUUCCUGAUCACGAUGCUUGCAAAAGUUAUUCCCUUUUUUUAUAAUAGGACUUGCAGUGAGUGUACCAAUACCAUCUCAGAAAGCAUGACAUUUAGUAUUGAGAGUUUCACUCUGCAAAUAGUAUUAAAAGGUUGUACGUAUAUAAUAGUUAUAAUUAAAGAAAUUAGAACUAUGUUUAGUUUGGGCAUUGUUGCCUAUAUGUUACCAGCUUCGUGAAGUAAUUGUUGAGGGCAAUUAGUGUGAAGGAUUUCUAGAGAGACAGAGAUGAAGAUAAAGGCCCAAGAAGAUACUCUAAAAGGUAUGCUCUGACUGGACUCUGCUCUCCUCUAUCACCUUCCACCAAAGGACUAGUUCUACCAUCCAAAUGCCCUGUAGGAAGGAUGCCGGGAUUUUUUUUUAACAAUUAUUUAUUUGGUUUUUUAUUUAUGGUUGCUGAUACUGCUUGCAAUCUGCCUUGUAGAAUAUUUAUCUUGAAAGUCGGAUAUAAAUAAUUGUCAUGAGAAAUAGUAUUAUCCCACCAAAAUCAUGACUGAUUUUUGGGCUUUGUGCAGGCUUCAUGCUUGUGGAUGGGUUCAUACAUUAAUAUUGUGCUGAAAUCAGCCUUAUUGUUAAUGAGUUUUCCCCCUGCAAACAAGCUCAUCUUUUCUAUCUUACCAUAUUUGAGAAUUUAUUUUGUGUUUAUCUUCCUGGUAGGUUUUUUUAGCUUUCAUAUUAUAGUUGGCAAAAGGUGUUUUCCAUUUUACCUAUCUGCAUUGCAGUGAAGCCUCCCUGGCUGUCAAACAUUGCAGUCCAAACAUUGCAAUCUCAUGAAAGCUGGUAAGCUGCAAACUGCAGAACAGAUGGUUAUAUAGUGACGGACAGGGCAUUCACAGAUACCCUGUGACCAUCACAGCUCAGUAAGUAUGAAAACCACUCUACCCAAGUAAAUUUCACCAAAAUUCUCUCUGAAAUAAAUUUGGAAAGAAAAUUAUUUUAUUAAAUUGAAUUAGAACUGGGGGGGAUCAAAAUUUUCAACGUGGUUUCAGUAUAGUGCUAAAUGAAACUUACUUCCUAUUUAGAUUGCAGUGUGCUACCCACUAUUCACGAAGAGUCUAGUGUAUAUUUCUCAUACAGUAAUUCAUUCUUUCCUCUAUUUACCAGAAUUCCUGGUUGCAAAUUGACUAGGUUGUUGAGCAAAUGAUGCACACUAUCCUUGUUUUUGUAUGAUGCCCUUUUUUUAUAUGUAUGUAAAGUAUACUUAUCUGUAAGAGGUAGAAGAAAGAUAAAAUUAAAGGACUUCUGUGGACUAUCUGCUUGUUCUCCCAGGGUUGGGGGCACAGCAGUAGCAUCUAAAGCAGAGUAGUGUCCUUAAAGUCUUCAUCCCAAUUUUAACUUGCAGGCUUUACAUCAAUGUUUUACAAAUGUCAGCAUGGCCUUAUUGGCCAAGAAAGAAAUGUUUAAUCACAUUCAAUAAUUAUUUUCAUUUGACAAACCAGAUUUAUAACAUAUUAUUACAGGAAAAAAAGCACUUUUAAAACAUAAGGUACCACAUUGUGCCAAUAAAAUUUUGAAGCAGUGAAAAUCAACAGAGCAGCACUGAAACAGUUUAAAUUUCCACAUACAGUACCAUAUCAGUGUUGGAUACAUGUCCAAGUGCCAGAUAUAAUUCUAGAUCUGCCCAUGCAUUUUUUUUUCGCAAUUGUAUAUUUCAUAUGCAGUAGAAAAUCCUACAUUACAUUUUGUACAAAUAGGUGAGAAAUAUUGAGAGGAGUUUCUAUUUGGAGUAGCCCUGAGAUGUCUGCUCACUACUUAGAUUUGGUUGGCAAUGUAAAUUUAACAAUGUAUUUAAAUUUGUUAACAAUGGUAUAUUGAAUGUGUUUUAUUUAAAGUUUAUUUUCUUAACAAAGUAUUAAAGUACAGUAGAAUUGUUUGAAACUUGAA